CUGUUAUUUCGAGCUCUGGCCACACUAAUACCACACAGUGGAACCAAACAGAGGCACACAAGAAACCGAAAACCCAGCGCGAACGAACGGACAGCGGAGCAAAUAAAGUGCGGGUGUGUGUGCCUGUGCCUGUGUACUGAACCUUUUUGGGCCGCAGCAGAGGAGAAAGAAAUCGCCAAUUAUACAAUAGCCGCUUCUCGACGGCCAAAAUCGAAGUUUAACAACGAAAACAUAAUAGUAAUAGGAAAAAAGAAAAGGAAAAAUAUAUAUAUAUAUAUAUAUAAUUUGAAAAGCUUAAUUAGUAGUGUCUAAUAGUGAACUGCGGUUUCAAGUAACACAAGUAUCUCACGGUCUUCCGUUUCUUUUUAAACCGGAACGUCAUCAACAUCAACAGCAAGAACAACAGCAACAACAACAACAAACAUCAACGAAACAAGAUCCAAAAACUUCAGAGAACGCGAGAAGAGCAAUCAGAGAGACAGUAACAGAGAGAGCUAGCGAGAGAGAGAGAGGGCUAGAGGCGUCGGCUAACGGCUUAUCACAUUUGACAAAGCACGAGGAGGAAUAAGAAGAAGAACAAGAAGAAGCAGACCAGAGCGCUGAGUGCGCGAAAUACUCAAAAUAUAAAAAAAAAAUAAAAAUCAUUCAAAUAACUGUAAAUAAAAAAUAGGGGCGCGAGUGUUGCAAAAGCACAUAAAUAACACGGAUUUACACAAAAAAAGAAACACUUUCCAACACUGGGCCAAGGCGCGUGCAAUAUGCAUAACGGUAUUCAGCUAAAUGCGCGUGUCACGGCACGCACUACUACUGACACGAAACUGAUCGCGUGUCUAUAAGAAGAAAGAAUCAGCAGGAAGGACGACGAUGAACGAAAUAAUUUAACGAGAAAGGAUAACAUUUGGAAAAUGUUGUGGCCAAAUACUGAAGAAAAUGCAUCGUUUUCUUAACAUCCAGCAAAAUAUCAAAUUACGCAACUAUCAUCAGUUACUUUUAUAUUUUGUCACGGCUGCUGCUGGAAGAAGCGGAAGAGCGGAAGUGAGUGGAAGAGGAAGAAGCGGAAGAAGCAGAAGCAGAAGAGUAGGAGCAGCAGCAGAAGAAGGAGGAAAAGCAGCAGGAGAGAAUAACGUAAAUGCUACGUAACGUUUUACGUAACGAAACGUAAAGUUAAGAAUAGUUGAAGGAUAAUAAGGAUAAUAAAUUAUUAAUUAUUAGCCCAAAUAAAUAAACCCAACGCUGCCACUGUUCCUAAGACAUCCAGACAACAAAUCGACAAAAAAAAUCCGUAUAAAAUAUAAAUUAUCCUGUAGUAACGUAAACGCCUCGACAUAACCACAAAAAAAAAAAGAAAGAAAAAUCACAAAUCCUAUGCCAAUUUUUGAAUCAUCGAAAACAUAACCUCACUCUCAUCAAGUCCCACACACACAAAAAACACAUAUUUUAGUUCUCUCUAAAACAAAAAUAUUGAAAAAAAUAAAGAAAAAAAAGCAUAGAUCUCUUGCUCUUUGCCAAGCACAUCAAAAAAAAAAUAAUAAUAAAAAGAAAAUAAGAGGCUGGCCAAGAGGAAAGCGGACAAAAAAAUAUGGCCACACCCCAAGUCAAGGACUUGGUGUUGCGCUCACCCGCUGGCUCCUCCGACGUCAUCACCUUCGCCUGGCCCUUACAAAUCGGACACGGACAGGAUAAACAUGAUAAUGGCAUCGAUAUUAUCGAUACCAUUAAGUUCGUUUGCGAUGAACUGCCAUCGAUGUCAUCGGCCUUCGAGGAGACGAACCUCAACCAAAUAGACACUGCCUGCUAUAAGACUAUGACCGGUCUGGUCGAUCGUUUCAACAAGGCCGUCGACAGUAUUGUUGCAUUGGAAAAAGGAACUUCACUGCCCGCCGAGCGCCUGAACAAGUUCGCUCAUCCUAGCCUUCUAAGACACAUAUUGCAAUUAGUUUACAAUGCUGCCGUACUCGAUCCCGACAAGCUCAACCAGUAUGAGCCAUUCUCGCCGGAGGUGUAUGGCGAGACCAGCUACGAGCUGGUCCAACAGAUGCUCAAGCACGUCACCGUCAGCAAGGAGGACACAUUCAUCGAUCUCGGCUCUGGUGUCGGUCAGGUUGUCCUUCAGAUGGCUGGAUCCUUUCCCCUGAAGACGUGCAUCGGCAUCGAGAAGGCGGACACUCCGGCCCGGUAUGCCGAGCGGAUGGAUGUGUUCUUCCGCCAGUACAUGGGAUGGUUUGGGAAGCGCUACUGCGAAUAUAAGCUUAUUAAGGGUGACUUCCUGGUCGAUGAGCAUCGCGAGAAGAUCACCUCCUCCACGCUGGUGUUUGUGAAUAAUUUUGCGUUCGGGCCGACGGUGGAUCAUCAGCUGAAGGAGCGCUUUGCGGAUCUGCGCGAUGGAGCGAGAGUGGUCUCCUCCAAGUCCUUUUGUCCCCUCAACUUUCGGAUCACCGACAGGAACCUCAGUGACAUUGGCACCAUCAUGCACGUAAGCGAGAUUCCGCCACUCAAGGGCUCUGUUUCGUGGACCUGCAAGCCCGUCUCGUAUUAUCUCCAUGUGAUCGAUCGCACCAUUCUGGAGCGAUACUUUCAACGCCUGAAAACCAAAGGCGGCAACGAUCACGAGGGCGUUGGAACCGUGCGCACCACUCGAGAUCGUGCCAAGCGUGAGGCGAACGUGGGCCAGCACCACCACCACAACCACCACGCCAACAACACCAACCACGCCAACAACCACAACAAUCAUCAUCGGGAGCGGGAGCGGGAGCAGUCGAACGGAGCCGCCAGUGCCGCCCAGUUGCAGCGUCAGAAAUCCCAAUCGCCGGCCAAUGUCAGCGGCAGCGGUGGAUUAGCAGGUGUCGGCGUCCAGCCAGCAACAGGAGCAAGUGCAGCGGCCAACUCCAAGACGCGCCAGCAACUGCAGCAGCAGCAGCAACAACAACAGCAGCAGCGCAGCCUGGACAUGGAGAGCAGCACGGAGAGCGAUGGCGAGGCGACGAACGGCAAUGGAGGCAACACCACCACGACCACAAAUGCCACCUCCGCCUCGAACGGGCCGAUGACCCGCAAGGUGUGGUCGGACUGGUGCAGCUCCAAGGGCAAGAGCUCGCAGUCGGACGACGAGGAGAACAACAACAGCAACAGCAACGGGGGCAGCAACACGGGAGCGGGCAAUGGCAAUGGUAACGGCGGAGGAGGAGUAGUUGGCCGCCAGGCACGAGCUGCCACGCAGAAGAAGCGCAAGAAGCUGACGCGCAAGGCUGCCAUUGCCAGCAAGUCGGCGGCAGCUGCCCAGCGGGAGGCGGAGGCGGCGGCAGCAGCGGUGGCAGCAGCCACGGCCAGCAAGGACUCCAGCUCCAAGGAGGAUCAGCCGCGAGCGGCCAUCGGUGGCCCCGGCCGGAAGGGACGCAUGAAGAAGGGAGCGAGGGGCAGGAAGUCGCUGAAGAUCGUCGGGUUGGAGGCGCUUCACAAGCAGACCGUGCUCAGUACCUCCCUGGACGCGAUGACGAAGAAGCUGCCGGCCGCUCCCGGGACAGUGGAUCAGCAGUUGACCGCCCUGCUCACCGACAAUAUGGCCCACACUGAACUGGAUAUACCGACGGCGCCGCAGGACACCCCGUACGCCCUGCAGAUCCUGCUGGAUGUGUUCAGGUCGCAGUACAUGGCCAUGAUCGAUCAGAUGAAGUCGAGUGCCUUUGUGCCGCAGGUGCAGAAGCAGCUGGCCCAGGAGCAGGAGAGGAUGGCGCGUCUGAAGAACCGGGCCAGCCAGCUGGACAAGCAGAUCAAGGUCCUGAUCGAUGACAGUGUGGCGCUGCUGAAGGUCCGCAUGAACGAGCUGGGCAUCAACGUCAACUCCCCCAACGAUCUCAUUGCCCAGGCCAAGGAGAUUGUCGGCCGGCACAAGGAUCUCCAGCACACGGUUAGCCGGAUGCGCAACGAGGUCACCUACUACGAGGGCGAGCAGAAGCAUCUGCUCAGUAAGCAGUUGAAGAACUUGUCGGAGUACCAGAAACUCUGCACCGGAGCCAAUGGAAAGGUGAAGCUGGAGAUGCCGCCGGAACUGUCGGAGACCACGGCGCAGGAGCUGGUGCUCAAGGAGAUAGCCAACACCCUGAGCCAGCGGAAGAAGCUCUACGCCCAGGUGUCCACCAUCGAACAGGAGACGACUGUGCUGCAGAAGACCGCCGAGGAAAGGAGCACAGCGGCGGUCCUGCUGGCCCAAGGAACCAACAUGAGUUUGGCCACCGGAUCGCCCUCCACCGCCUCGUCAGGGUCCUCCACUCCAUCCACCGCCCUUGCCGGUUCUACUCCCGUGUCCGUGCCAAACAGCAAGCUGAAUAGUGUGAAGAAUUCGCGUCGCAGUCGCGAGCAUCGGGGUAGAUCGCAGGAGUGGCCGGAGGUGCCUGAGGUGGGCAAGAUCCAGGAGAGCAAUCCCGAGGUACUGGCCCAGAAGAUCGUGGAGACAUGCCGUCAGAUCGAGGCGGGCAAGUUCCAGGGAGCCGCCGCCCCCACGUACCAGGUGAACGGCAAGAACAAGGCGAUCCCCGAGGCUGGAGUGCCACCGAAUCCCGUCGCCGUUGCUCCCGUGAGCAUCAAGUCCUCGCCGGGCCAUCACUACAAGGACAGCACUCUGAUGCCGGCGCCCAAGCAGCAGAGCCAGCAACAGGUCACCGCCUCGCUCCUGCCGAAGUGCGAGUUGGGCGGCCUCUCCGCCAGCCGGAUCAAGCAGGAAUCGCCGAAGGUGGCCAACUUCGAGGACCGGCUGAAGAGCAUCAUCACCACGGCCCUGAACGAGGAUCAGGAGCACCGCAGCAAGGCGGUGGAGCCAUCGCCUUCACCCUCGCCCCUGCACAGUCCGGCGCCCAAGCGCUCCAAGCAGCAGCUGCAGCAGCCGGGUAGCAUGAAUCCCGGCCAGCAGCAGCUGCCCAAUAGUCUGCACAACAUUAUCACCGUCUCGACGCAGGGACUGAUGCAUCUGAAUGCGAACACGACAAUAUCCCCGAUAACACCGCCGCUGCCGGGCCCGGGAGCCGGAGCAGCUGCCUCCACAGCGCCGCCACCGCCGGCGAAUCUUCCGUACGGAGCGUAUGGCGGCAAGGCCACGGUAUCGGGCAAGUAUCAGGCGGCCAAGGAGCCGAAGUACUCGCCGGUGAGGCAGGCGCCACCGCCUCCUCCACCACCGCCGUCUCACAUGGCCGCCCUGUACGCCGCCGGCGCCGGCCAGCAGACUGGUUCGACGGACUUGAGUUACCAGCGACGGCGCAGCUCCGUUAGCGCCAGCAGCUAUGAGCACUUCAUGGCCCAGCAGCAGCAACAGCAGCAGCAGCAUGCUCUGAUGCUGGCCGCAGCGGCCCAUGCCGCCCAGCGCCAGCAGAUGCGAGCGGAGGAGCAGCAACAGCAGCACCAGCAGCAGCAGAACCAGGUCCAGCAGCAUCACCAGCAUCAGCAGCACCGCCUCCAACAGCAGCAGCAGCAGCAACAGCAGCAGCACCUUCAGCACCACCAUCAUCCAAACGAAUUCAAGGCACCGCCUUCGGAGAAUCUUCUCCAGCGAUCCAGCAGCCGGGAGCAACUGAUAGUGGAGCCGCAACAGCAGCCGCUGGAGCUGCUGCCUCGGGCCAGUUCCGCCAAUUCGGACUACGGCGGUUAUCGCAUCCGUCCGCCCAGCCGGCCCAGCUCCAACUCCUCGCAGCCGGACUACACGCAGGUGUCACCGGCCAAAAUGGCGCUGCGCCGGCACUUGUCCCAGGAGAAGCUCAGCCAGCACGGCACACCCCAGGCCACACCACCGCUCCCCGGCUCGGGUGCCCCGACAUCCGGCAAGACCAUCGGAGAUCUGGUUAACGGGGAGAUCGAGCGCACUCUGGAGAUCUCGCACCAGAGCAUCAUCAACGCAGCCGUGAACAUGAGCACGGGAGGUGCCCACUUCAUGGAGCGGGCCUUCCUCAAUGAGCGCUCCAACGAGCGUCUGCUCAUCAACCUGAAUGCCCAGAGGCCGGAGCGCGUGCACGUCCGACCGAUGUCCGAGGAGUCGCAGGAACCGCAUCCCACCAGCUACGCCCAGGAGAGGGGAUCGGUGGGUUCGGCCGGUGGGAAUAGUAACUUGGCCACCCUGGCCCACGUAGCCUAUGUCCAGAAGGCACAGGGAGCGGGAGCUGCUCGAGCAGGAGCAACUGCGCCGCCUGCAGCUCAACACCAUGCGGCCACGGCUCGAACUGGACGAGAUUACCAACCUGUGGCGCUGCCUCGGGCGGAGCUGAAGGGCAGCAUCGAAGCCUACUUCCACGAGGAGCAGCAGCAGCAGCAGAAGCAGUCCAAGGGGGCCGGUUCGGGAUCAUCGGGAGCAGCUGCUAUGCGAGGAUCACGUCUCAAUGGAGCCAAUCCGCCACUGGAGGGUCUAGCUGCUUCUCUACAGGAUCACGUUCGUGCCAGGAAGUACAAAGAGGAGACUGAGGAGCGCCAACGCCGGGCAGCAGCUGCUGCUUCCUCCUCCUCGUCCGCAUCGAACUCUGCGCUGGAGCUCUCCAACCACUACGGCCACCAAGCGCCGCCGGCCCACAACUACCAUCACCACCACCAUGCCGCCAACCUCAACGGAACACCGCACAAAGUGGAGCUUGGCGUGAAGAGGAGCUCACCGUUGGCGCCCCACCAACAGCCGCCACGUCCCUCGAAGCUGGCCCACUACGAUGCGCCGCCGAACUCCGGUCAGUCCCAUCACGCCCACAUCUACGCCAACGGACAGGUGCUGCAGCCGCCACCGGCUCAUGAUGCAACCACGCCCUCGCCAACACCCUCGUCCUCAUCGUCCUCGUGCGGACGUCGCAGUGGCAGCAACAGUGGCAAGAUGCUGGUGGAGCCGCCGCUCCUCAUGAGUCCCGAGAUCAACUCGCUGAUGGGCGACGAGAGGCCGUUGCAGUUGUCGUCGCACCAGUCGCAGACCCAGAUGCUGCAGCAGCAUCAGCAGGCGCACCUGCAACCGUUGCGCGUGCCACAUCUCGGACAUGGUCAUGGUCAUGGCCACAGUCACAGCACUACACCCACACUGGGGGAACGGCGGAAUGCCAAUGCCGCCGACGAUGAUGAUGUUAUUGCCGCCGAUGAUGAAUCCCACUGGCAGCACCGGGUCAGCUCUGGUUUUGAUCGCCUGGUGGCUUUCGCCAGCACGGAGCUGGACAAGACGCGGCGCAGCAUCGAUGGCGACACUGUGCCGGCCUCCAUCAGCUGCAACACUUCCCCGGACUCAGGCAUCACGCACAGCAGCAGCAACUCGGACGCGGUGCGUACCUUCUUGUCCACCUCGUCGAGCUCCUCCCAGCUGGAGCUGCCGAUCGGCAACAGCAACAGCCUGUACAACCAUCAUGCCCAGCAGAGCAGCGGCGGCAACAGCAACCAUCUGCCGCAACAGCAGCAGCAGCAACAGUUGCAGCCGCAGCAGCAACACCAUCAUAUUUCCGAUCAUCUGAGCGACAGCAGCAUCAAGUCGUCGGCCUCCUCAUCCCUGCAUGCGGGCAGCUCCCUAAAGACAGUGUCGCCAGUGGAGACCAUUGAAUCGCCGCCUUUGUCGGAUGUGGGACUGCCCAGGACGCCGAGUCCCAGUGCCGCCAGCGUGGCCACCCCGCCCCUGGCCAGUGGACCGCCUCUGACCGGAGAUCUGGGUGGAAUACCACUGAAGUACCAGCGCAAGUCGAAGAGCAGCUCCGAGAAGCACUACAAGAAGAAGUUCUGCGAGCGUAACUGGGAGUACGACUGCGACGAGCUUCUGGCCUACUCCAACUCCAGUGCUCCGCCAACGGCAGCCGAUGCGGCCGGGAACGGGCCACCGAAUCUGGAUAAUGCCACAAGUGCAGGAGGAGGGCCUGCUGCUAAAUCCGGCAAGUCGCCAAAGGAGAAGUCAUCGCCGCACCACAGUGGCUAUCUUCAAGCGCAGCAGCACCAUCACAAGAGUUCCAAGUUCCGGCCGAAGGGCAAGGACUGGGACUGGUCGCUGGACAGUCGCAGCCAGACGGGGGAGCUGAUGGCGCCCAUGAACAACAACUCCACCACCACAACGAGUAAUUAAUUUAGUAAACUAAUUUAGUUCAAUUUGCUGAAUAGGAAUGAGAAAGAAAUGAGAGAAAAUCCAGAAGAGUAUGCAAUGCUUGCUACUUUUAGCCACAUUAUUUGUACAUUUUUUAAAUCUAUGGAUCGAAUGGGUCGUAAUGGAAUGCCGGACUGGAUCCCAUAACUUAUAUUGUAUUGAAUAAAAAUUUUGUAAUUUAAAUUAAAUGAAUUGUAUAUGCAUAGCUAACUUAUUGUAAAGCCCAGCUAUCCGUUUGCCUUGUUUUCUACACAAAAAUUUUCGAAAAAAACUAUUUUUUUUUUCUUAAACUGUCUUUUCAAAACUGUCUCCUGUCUACUAGUGUAUUUUUUUAUUAUUUCACUGCAAGAUCUAAUUAGGCUAGACACGUUUUCGUAUUAGGCUGUAAGGUUGAACCCAACAAUGCUGAUGAACAAUGUUACUGACUUUUCUGUACCGAUUACCAACUACUAUGAUUAUGUAUUUAAUUUUCAUUAUUGUUUAAUUACGUUUGCCCAUAAGUUGAAUGUUUUGUCUUUAUUAUUAUUAUUAUUUUGAAAUAAAAUUGUCAACUAAUUAACGUUA